AUGGGCGCGUGCUACGGAUCUAAGCCAAAACCAUCUAACAACAAAAAAAUUUGCCCUUUAAAGAUUCAUAAUGAUAAUGAAAACAUGUAUGAGAGUCUAAAAAUCGAAGGCCAAAAGAAAAGAUUAUUUUUGAAAAAAGCUUUGGAAGCUCCACUGCUUAAUAUUACUGAAAAUGAUUUAUAUCAAAGAAGAGCAUCACGAUGACAGAACGAAAUGUAUCAAUCCUGCAGUAAUCUUGAACAAUCAACCUCAACAAACUCAUUGUGCUAA